GGGUGGUACUAGAGUGGUGUCCUUCCUGUAAAGGAAGUCACGGUUAAAAGUGAUAUUACAAAAUUGGUCAUUGACUCAUUCCCUGCAGGACAAUUAAUACCACUUUGCCAUUGAUAGUCAGCAAAGUGGAGUAGAUGCAUCGACAAGACUGAGCGACUUAAGGCGUAUCAAAUGAUGUUUCCAGAAUCGGUUGAUACCAGACAAAGCCUGCAUCACAUGUUGCUGAUAGUUACAUUCAUUGUAUUUGUCCAAGACCUGAGCAGCGGAGGAGGAGCGCAGGCAUGGAACUACAACUACAGCACCACUCCAAACCGUAGAUGGCUUGAUGCCCGCAAGUGGUGCCUUCAGCACUUCACAGACAUGGUGCCCAUCCGGAACCAGGCAGAGAGUGACUUCAUCAACAAUCUGCUGCCGUUUAACCAAAGAUAUUACUGGAUAGGCAUAGGCAAAAAGGGCGAAGAGUGGGUCUGGGAAGAAACCCAUGAGAAGGUGCCUGAAGAUGCUCAGAAUUGGGCAUCAGAGGAGCCAGAUAACAUAGCAGCUCAGGACUGUGUGGAGAUUUACAUUAAGAGGGCGAAAGACACAUCCAAGUGGAACAAUGAGAGCUGUCUAAAGAAGAAGGGAACCAUCUGUUACACUGACUCUUGUACACAGGACUCCUGCAGUGCCAAUGCAGACUGUGUGGAGACAAUAGGAAACUAUACCUGCCGAUGCCAUCCUGGUUUCCUGGGUUCACUUUGCGAAGAGGCAAUCGCAUGCGAACCCUUGCUGGAUCCAGAACGAGGUUCUCACUACUGUUUCCAUCCCCAUGGGUCCAAUCGUUUCAACUCUUCCUGCCGUUUCCACUGUGAACGUGGCUUUCAGUUGGUCGGCGUGCCCCAACUGCAGUGCCAAGCCAGCAGACGUUGGAACCACCCUGUCCCUCUGUGUCGAGUUGAACGGUGUCCAGUUCUGAACCACACCAACAUCAGUGCAGGUAGAAUGAACUGCAGCCAUCCCAUCGCACUUUACAGCUACAACUCCACCUGUGAGGUCAGGUGUGAUGAAGGCUACGAGCACAUUGGGCCGAACCAGAUACGUUGUGACCACACCGGCCAGUGGACAGCCAGUGUCCCCGCAUGUACAAUUAAAAAGUGCUCCCCCAUUGUCUUUCCUGUCACGGGCAACGUGACAUGUGUGGACGCUCUGGAGCCUUUCUCCUUUGGCUCGCGGUGUAACUUCACCUGCCAGGAAGGCUACUACCUGACCAAAGAGGACACAUUCACCUGUCUGGCCUCGGGACAAUGGAGCAACCCUACACCUACAUGCGCAGUGGUCCGGUGCAGCAGUUUAAAGGUUCCACCCCAUGCCUCCAUGCAAUGCCAGGACCAUUUGGGAGUGUACAGCUAUGGCUCAAUAUGCACUGUGCAAUGUGAAAAGGGGUUUGAUCUGAUUGGCACAAACGUGACGAAAUGUUCUUCACAGGGCAACUGGAGUCAUGCACUUCCUGUUUGCCAGGCUAAGAGGUGUAACCCAAUAAAUCCUCCUCAUGGCUCCCUAUCCUGUUCUGACCCAAAUGGAUCCUUCAGUUUUGGUUCUCUGUGCACGACGACCUGUGACGAGGGCUUUCUACUGAAUGGGACAGCCAGCACUGAGUGCACGUCCCUGGGCAUGUGGAGCGCAGACUUACCACAUUGCUUGGCUAAGAGAUGUCCCACUGUGAGCUCACCCUCUCAUGGCUCAUUAGUCUGCUCUGGUCCUCAUGGAGAGUUCAGUUUUGGUUCACGGUGCAUGUCAGCUUGUGAGGAGGGUUUUCUCUUGAAUGGGACGGCUGACACACUGUGCACGUCUCUGGGCACAUGGAGCGCACACAUCCCUCGUUGCUUGGCUAAAAGAUGUCCCACUGUGAGCUCACCCUCUCAUGGCUCAUUAGUCUGCUCUGAUCCUCAUGGAGAGUUCAGUUUUGGUUCUCGGUGCACUUCAGCUUGUGAGGAGGGUUUUCUCCUGAAUGGAACGGCUGAAACAGAGUGCACCUCUCUGGGCACAUGGAGCGCAGACAUCCCUUGUUGCUUGGCUAAAAGAUGUCCUACUCUGAGCUCUUCCUCUUAUGGCUCCUUCCUCUGCUCUGAUCCCCAUGAAGAGUUCAGUUUUGGUUCUCGGUGUACGUCAAUAUGUAUGGAGGGUUUUCUCCUGAAUGGAACAGCUGACACAGAGUGCACCUCUCUGGGCACGUGGAGCACCGACACCCCACAUUGCUUGGCUAAAAGAUGUCCCAAUCUGAGCUUUCCCUCUCAUGGCUCCUUUUUCUGCUCUGAUCCUCAUGGAGAGUUCAGUUUUGGUUCUCAGUGCACAUCAACCUGUGAGGAAGGCUUUGUCCUGAAAGGCACAGCUGACACAGAGUGCACCUCUUUGGGCAUGUGGAGCAGAGAAAUACCCCACUGUCUGGCACAGCCAUGCCCUCUACUGGCCACGGCUCCACAUUAUGGGAAGAUGAAUUGCAGCCAUCCACAUUCCCCUUUCAGCUAUGGCUCCCACUGUGACUUUGAAUGUACUGAGGGCUUCUGGCGGAGAGGAACACCAACUAUGACAUGCAACAACUCAGGUUACUGGAGUCACGAUCUACCCACAUGCCAACCUGUACAGUGUAAAGCCAUUCGGGCCUUGUCUUUAUCCCGGUCUAUGAACUGCUCCCAUCCUCUGGGGAACUUCAGCUUCAGCUCCCAGUGUCUCUUCACCUGUGAAGAGGGAUUCUCCCUGAAUGGCACAGAGGUGCUGUUUUGCUCCUCCUCUGGGUUUUGGAAUGACAGCCUGCCUAACUGCACAGGUAUGUCAGCGGGGACUGCCAUGCUGCUGUCCACGGGUGUAGUAGCAGCCUCCGUUGCUGUGCCACUUCUCCUGAUAGGACUGGCUUUGUUGAUUUUAAUGCGAUUUAAGAAAAGAGGAAAAGCAAUCAUAUCUGAUGCACCUGCAUGGGGACACAGAGAUAAUCCAGCAUUUGAUUUUGAGACUUGAUUUUUCCAGCAAGUCAUUUCAAAUACUGCAGCCUAUUGCUUGCUAUUACUAUAUGAAGCCUGGUACCAACAGAUUACAGUAGGAUUAGAGCUGUGAUUUCAAUUUCCAAUCAGAAAAUGCUGAAAAUGUAGAUAAUCAUGCAAUUUUUUUUCAUUAUUAAAGGCAUAAAGUAAA